UCAGUAUAUAGUUUGAAUCAGGCUUAAAUAAAUCGACUAGAAUUAAACCCAUUACUUUGUCAUUACUAGUGCCAUCCUCUUGGUUCACAGCAUUUCAUUCUUCCAUGUCCAGGAUUUUCAUGUGUUUCUGGAAGGAAUGCAUUUACGUAUGCUGCUCUGGGUCCCGCUGAUUCCCACCUCAACAGAGAGAAGUGUCACAUUUCAGCAUCUGGUUUUCAUAGCCAAUACAGGAUGUUGUCGGAGUACAAUAAAACAAAAGUACUUUAGAAUGAAACAGAAUUGGUCUGGACACUUUUUGUUGAGGUGAGAACAGCUGUUUGUCGUUUUUGUGAGGUUUUCUUUCUUUCUUUCUUUUCUUUUUUUUCUUCUGAAGCAAACAGGCAGUUCGGUCCACAAGAGAAUGCUGGAGAAAACUGUCGUCUCAUUGGAAGGAGCACAUCUUCACACUUUCACAUGUGGGACCGCUGCGUACACCAAAAUGAUCUGGACCACUUUAUUUCUGCAUCUUCUUGCAUAAUCAGCUGUGAAUACUAGCAGUACUAAUCGCAAUGAUCCUGCUAUAUUGACUGGGGAAUCUGAGGACGCCUCUCUACAAGGCCAAAAAGAGCAUUAUAACAGAGAUGCAGACAAAGACAAAUGCACUAUGCCAUGUGAAAUGACUGCAAAGCUAAUGCGUGAUGAGAAACAUUCCUUGUGUAAUAACCUCCAGCAUACCAUAGUGUCAUAUACAAGAAACACUAGGAAGUUGAUCAGAGAUCUCAUUGAUGAACAGCAGAAAUCCUCAGAAUUUCUAUCAAAUCAGAUAACCGAGCUUAUGGCCAAAGUAAACACACUCAGUUCAGAUGUGCAGAGAAGCAACAGUGACAUCUUUUCGGUAAAGCCCAUGGAGUCCCACGGGAAAGACUGUAGUGACAUCCAAGAGACGCUAGGUGCCGUUUCUCCAAAAAUCCCUAGCGGGAUUUAUAUAAUUCAGCCAGAAAACACAGAUGUUUCCUUUGAGGUGUUCUGUGAGAUGGAUUACAUGGAGGGUGGAUGGACAGUAAUACAGAGACGGAUGGAUGGUCUCACUGACUUCAAACAAAUGUGGUCACAGUACUUGGAUGGAUUUGGACAUUUACCAGGUGAACACUGGUUGGGUUUGAGAAAAAUCUUCAAUAUUGUCAAUCAAAGAAACACACGCUUCCAGCUGCACGUGUCUCUGGUCUCGCAAGAUGACACCACCGCCUAUGCUUCAUAUGACAAUUUCUGGCUUGAAGACGAGACUAAAUUCUUUGCAAUACACCUUGGCAGAUAUGCUGGUAGUGCAGGUGAUGCUUUUCGAGGGUAUGACCAAGAGCAGAAUCAAGACACAGCCCCUUUCAGUACCUCUGAUGUUGACAAUGACGGUUGUUCUCCAUUCUGCACUUUUGCUAAUAAAGCUGUUGAGAGCUGCAGUGUGAACCAGAAUAACACAGGAUGGUGGUUUAAUCAGUGUGGCAAGGCAAAUCUGAAUGGCUCACCACUGGACCAAGAUCUCUCCACCCAGACACAUAUGCACUGGGACACCUGGACCAAAAAUGGCACACUUGUCAAAAUCAAAUCGGUGACUAUGAAGAUCAGAAGAGUUGAGAUCCCGAAUUUAAAAUAAAUCGCUGAAGCUUUGGAAGCUUUUGCAUUAAAGUGGAACAACUUAUCAUCUGGAGUCACUAAAAACUUGCACUUUUUUCUGUGAGCUUUUCUAAAAAAGCAAAGAAUGAACCUUUUGGCAUUGUGAUUAAGUCCACCAUGUUUUUUAAUCCUGGGUCACGGCCCAAAAUAUUCAU